AUGGCGCUCGCUCCACAAGACGUCGAGAGGAAUCCUAUCGCGUCGCAGACGGUUGAGAAAGGAUCUGGCUUGGAGAGAGCGGGCAGCGAUCAGACUGCGAACGACGCUCCAUCGAGAACAGAGCGCUCUCAUGAGAAGGGCCGCACACCAUCGCCUGGCAUUUCGGCUGCUCACGGGGCCUGGUACAAGACACACGAAGAUGGUACCAAGAUCAUCACAUUUGCCGGCGAAGAUGACAAGGACAAUCCACGAAAUUGGUCUCGUGGGAAAAAGUGGUACUUGACUCUACUGUGUUCUUGGCUCAACAUCCUGGUUGCUUCUCAAGCUAGCGCUUACUCUACAGGCCAGAAACAAAUCCAGCAGGAGUUCGGCAUCAGCAACGAGCUUUCCAUCGCAGGCUUGUCGCUCUACGUGCUCGGCUUUGCGGUCGGACCGAUGGUGGUGGCGCCACUAUCGGAGACUUUCGGACGACGAAGGAUAUACAUCUGGUGUUGGGCCCUGUUUGUCCUUCUACAAUUCGGAGUGGCGUUUGCACCCAACGCGCCCGUGAUCUUCGUCUUUCGCUUCUUGACUGGAUUCUUUAGCAGUCCUCCGCUCGCUAACACGGGAGGGGUGAUUUCGGACCUGUUCGCCCGAGACGAAUCUGGCGUGCCGAUGAGCGUCUAUGUCUUUGGCUCUUGCAUCGGCCCUCCCUUCGGCAAUGUGUAUGCCGGCUUCAUCGCACAGCAGCUAGGCUGGAGAUGGACGCACUACCUCACCAGUCUGCUCAUCAUGGGGGUGCACUGGUUCCUGAUCGUUUUCACGCUCACGGAGACGAGGCACAACAUCAUCUUGGCCAGAAAAGCGCAGGCCAUCCGCAAAACCACGGGCGACGAGUCCUACGUCUCGACGCAUGGAGACGAGCGAAAGCCUAUCUUCACCUUGAUCAAGACAUCCUUGGCGCGACCUAUCCUCUUCCUCUUCACCGAGCCAAUCACCGCUUUUGGUAGCAUCUGGAACGGGCUUCUAUAUGGUCUCAUCUUUCUUUUCAAUGAUGCCUUCACCAUCGUAUUCGGUCCGGGCGAUGGCUACAAUAUCCAGCAUUCCGGCCUCGUCGAGCUUACGUUCGUGGCCUUCAUCAUCGGCGAGGCUUUGGGCCUGGCGCUGUACCCUUGGACCCAAGAGCGAUUCUACCAGCGCGCAAUCAAGAAAGCAGGACAGAGUGUCCCCGAAGCUCGAAUGGCGGGAGGCACGAUUGGGUGCUGUCUGCUUCCGGUGGGCCUCUUCAUCUUCGCAUGGACGUGCUACCCGUCCAUCUCACCAGUGGUGCCCCUCAUCGGGGCGGCCGUCUUUGGUCUCGGCUUCUUCUUUGUGCUAUUUGGCAUCUUGUCCUGGACAGUCGAUUCCUACAGGGAAUACUCUGCUAGUGCGCUAGGCGCAGUGGUUCUCGUCCGCAACAUCUUUGGCGCGGCUUUACCUUUGGCCGGCGCUCCCAUGUACGAGAAGUGAGUUGUUGCGCGAAACGAGAUUAGGUAGGUUGACUCGUCUGAAUCGCGCUGCAUCUUACCUACUUCGACAGCCUCGGAAGACAUUGGGCGACGACUUUGGUCGCCUGUCUGGGCAUUCCACUCAUCCCGUGAGCAGUCUCCCCCGCGCAUGGUCGGACAGGGCUGCUCUGACACCCUUUCAACCCUAUCAUCAUAGCGUGUCCUGGUUCUUCUACGCCAAGGGUGAUCUAAUCCGCAAGCGCUCUCCUUGGGCUGCAAGUCAUUUUGCGGACAAUGCAGAUGCACCACACUAG